UCAUAGGCUGGGAGACCGGCAACUCUCAUUCUGAUGUAAAAUAAAAAAGUGAUGCACUGUUAUUUAUAUUACAGUAAUGUACCCAGUACAAUGAAAUAAAUCAAGAAACACCGAUAUGUUAGGCAUGUCCGACAUGAGACGGGUCUUAUUUUGGCCGUAAAAGAGACAGGAGCAGUUCUCAGAAGUCGGAAGCUUGUGUUAGAGAGAGCCAGAAAGCGCUUCAUUUUGCUUUCUUUGCCAUUAAAGAUUUCAGUGGAGCUUGUUUAUUUGAGUAGGUAAAGAAAGUAAGCUGUAAACCUAUGAUCCUGCACGUUAGCGCGGAGCGAGCCUGCAGAUGGGCGGCAUAGGCGGCAGCUUCUGUAUCAACAUGCUCAAUGGAAGCGAGGCGCAAAGUUUGGCCAAAGACGCAGAGACGAGCGGUCACCUUCACCGGAGCAAGGAGCUAGCGGACUUCAAAAUGGGCGUCCAAGACGCGAGGUUGUACUAUUCAGACUCACUUCCAAAUGGCCAGGACAACUUUUCGCUGCCGUACCACGGCGAGCAGAGCGCUGGAGAACUCGGAGCGCAGGCGGGAAGGUUUUACUCCGCGGCGGCGGCGGCGGCGGCAGCAGCGGCAGCGGCUCCGCUCGGUAACUGUGCGUUCAGCCGCAGCAGCGCGGCCCAGGCUUACGCAGGGGCUGAUGGGUAUUCACCGGACAGUAAAGACGGCUACUCGGCCAGCGCGGACUCGUAUCACGCGCACUUUCAGCAUGGCUACCCGCGCGCGCCUCUCUAUUCCUUACCUGGCCUACAGGUGUGCGGCAAGACGCAGGUGCUCCUCAACAACUACCCGCUGUGGGCCAAGUUUCACAAGUACCAAACCGAGAUGAUCAUCACCAAACAGGGCAGGAGGAUGUUCCCGUUUCUCAGUUUUAAUAUCAGUGCUCUGGACCCCUCGGCUCACUACAACGUGUACGUGGAUGUGGUUCUGGCUGACCAGCACCACUGGAGGUACCAGGGAGGCAAGUGGGUGCAGUGUGGCAAAGCAGAGGGCAGCAUGCCAGGAAAUAGGAUGUAUAUGCAUCCUGACUCUCCUAACACAGGGAAUCACUGGAUGAGGCAGGAGGUCUCAUUCGGCAAGCUCAAACUCACCAACAACAAGGGCAGCUCCAACAACAUGGCACAGAUGAUAGUGCUGCAGUCUCUCCACAAGUACCAGCCACGCUUGCAUAUCAUGGAAGUGAAGGAGGAUGGAACAGAAGAUCCCUUCCGCAGUUGUAAGGCGCAAACCUUUAUCUUCCCCGAGACCCAGUUCAUUGCAGUCACUGCCUACCAGAAUGCAGACAUCACUCAGCUGAAAAUAGACCAUAACCCUUUUGCGAAAGGUUUCCGGGACAAUUAUGACACAUUGUAUGCCCCGCCUGACUCGGAUCGUAUCACCCCCUCCCCCACUGAGGGCCAACAGCUCAUGGCAGCCAGCUGCUAUCCCCGUCAGCCUUACCUGGCCGAGCAGUACAUGAGUCCACUGCAGCACGGUCGCUUUUACAGCUGCGAGCCUGUCAGCAUGGCACAGGGGUGCCCCAAAGACCCAAAUGGCAGUCACCAUGGGCGCUGGUACCUACCUGGCCAGCAGGGCACGCCCUCCAAUCUACUGGACUUCAGCUCUUACGAAGGUGACUAUACGGCCAACAGCCUCUACAAGCCCUUUCCUUUACAGACAUCACCCCACCACCCGUUGAGCUACUAUCCUGAAAACCCCUUCACUUCUGGGCCAAUAUCAAGUGCUAGCCCUGCCACAUGGAGCACAGCAAGACCUUCACCACAGUACCUCAGCCACUCCCACCCUGGGAAAGCUACAUCUAGCUUGAGUUGGUUCCGCCCCAUGUCUUCUUCCGCCAUGUCCUCAUCUCCUCCAGCAGUAAAUUCCCGCCUUCACCCUUCUCCAUCACUCCUUGAGUCCUUGAGGCUGCCGGUACUACAGGACAAGCCAAAAGAGGUGGUGGAGGACACGUGGAUGGAGACCCCCUCUGUGAAAUCAGUAGACUCGGUCGACUCUGGACUUUUCGAGGGCGCAGAAAGCAAGAAAAGACGAGUGUCACCCUACGCCUCCAGCACUGAGAACUCUCCUCCCAUUCGCAGCAGCGAAGCCUGUGAGAAGGACAACAGCAGCGAUGCGGGCUACUACGGCUUCUACAGUCACUGAGAGCCAUCGUAUCUGAGUUAGUGUAGCACUCCUGCUGUGUCCCACCCACAGAGCUGCACUCCCUUCUGGGACAAAGCUCUGUGGGAAUCUAGGGGAGGGACAACAGAGGCCAGUAACAGCUAACACAGAACUCUCAAUCAUUUUUCCUUCAUAGCCCUGGUGCUAUUUGCUUUUUAUACCUACAGUGUUAUUGCUGGCCCUCUCAUGUUUGGUGUGCUGCUUCCUCAUGGUAGCGCUGUAUGGGUAAGGUCAGGUGGAGGCACUCCACUCAUCCUGAAGGUCACUGUCAUGGUGAGGACUGGUGAGUCAAGAUAAUGUGACUGGGCUGAAACAUUGGCCUGGAGAUAUAUGCAUGCACACACACAGACCUGGAUGAAUUCAGAAACUGUUUAGCAUUUAAAGAAGUCUGCACACCUGCUGACACUCCCCUCAAGGACCUGUCCAGUCUCCCAGUUCUCCCAGACACACACACACACACACACACACACACACAUUUAUUAGGUGGGAAGUUUUUCCUCAAGAAUAUAGUUAUGUACUUUUGAGUAUAUACUUAUGUUUGAUGAUUCCAGUUCAUUCACAUUUUCACUACUCCAAAUGAGCUUUGAGUGUCCAAUGAUAUAAGUUGAUGUAAAUGAUUGAUAAGUGCUAUUAGAGGAAACAUAGUAUUUCUAUCUGCAUGGAAAGGUCAGAACGUGUUCCACUCAUCCUGUCAGCUGUCUUCCUGUCAACCUCCCAUUCUCUCUACUAAAUCGCCCUAACUAGAUCAUGUGCCAAACAGGGGCUGGCUCUAAUUUCAUUUUGUUCCAUAUGCCUCAGUACCACUGUAUUGUACAUUAAUGAAGUAAAUGUAAUGGUUCUGCUUUAAAUUAAGCUUUGCUGAACUUUGGAUUCGUACAUGAUGAAUUGCAGUACAAAUCAGGUGUUACAGUAUUUAUUCGGUCAACACAAACACAGCAAUGUCAGACUGAUUAGCGUCAAAAGAACAUUCUUAACCCAACAUCAGCAAGUCUCACAAAUAGGACAAGAAAGACAACAUGCAGAUAGACAGGGUGGGAAAAUGGACACCUGGAAGGGGCAUUGUGGUGACUGGACAUCAUAAUCAGACAACAGCAGACGAACGAGACCUCAGUCUCACCUUAUCAGGGCCUGCAGACCUCCAAAGGUGAGAAUGACCUUCGACAGCUCAGUGGGCGACAGCCAUAAGAAUGUUAACACGCUGACUGUGGAGGCAAACGCACAAUACAGGACAUGGUUCACCUUUCAGAAUUUAGACACAUUUCGUUGGUCGUCGGCUAAUGUGAUCUUUCAGUGAACUGCGUAUUAAAGUACUUCCCACAACAACAUAUUUUACGAUAACACAUAACGGUCCAGUACACACAUGUGCGUAUAUGCACAUGCACACACAAAGAGGGGCGACACGAUUUUUUUUUUUAUUAUUAUUUAUAUCUUGUUUAAGCAAACUGUAAACAAUUCUGUAAUAAGACUGCACUUACUUAGUAUGUACACUGUUAAAAAUAGAAAUGCUUACAAUAUGACUUUUUAUGAAAUUGUUGUUUUAUUCUGUACUGUCAGUAUUUUAUAGAGCUUCCCAAAAACCUGUAUAGUGGAAUAUCAAAGCUUCAGUAUGUGGUCAGUGACUUUCAAACCAGGGAGUUUGGAUUUGCUUACCUUAACAUGGGAGCAGUGUAUUUAUUUCAGUGCUAAACCAAAUUACAUAUUAGCAAUACAAUGAAGAGGACAAUCACAGUGAGAUUUCAUAUUGCUACUGCUCUGUUAGAAACAUAUUGUUAGAUAUUACUCAGGUCAAGCAUGUGCCAAUGAAUAUUCAGCUCCAUUUGUGUAAGUAAUGGAUAUGUGGAAAAUUAAUACUGAUUUAAAAUAACAGGAUUUUGUUUAUUGUUUCCUGGUUCUAAGUAGUAAGGUGCAAACAAUUGAUAGGUAUGAGCUAAACUGGAAGUUAUUUUUGGUAAACUGUUUCUAAUUUCAAGUGCAAUUUAAAAAGUGUUCAUAUUAAUUUAAGAGAACUGUAAUUACCUUUUUUUAUUCUUGAACAAUUCUUGAAUAUGCAUUCAAACCAUCGUUUGAAUAUUUUACGAACACUGAGGAUACAGGUGUAUAGUAUUGUUAGGAUAUUUGGUAGGAUAUGUUUUAGGUGACCCCUAGUGGACGAUCUCCUAAUUCAGUUAUAAUAAUGGCCACUAUUUAUCAAAGUUUCCAAAAAAAAAAAAGGGAGCAAAUUUGUGUGCACAGAAUGAUAUAUGAAGAAAUAUACAUCUGAUUCAUGAAACUGUAAUAGGACAUCAAAAUGAGUGGUUAGGCUGAAGUGAUGAAUCAGUUUUGGCUGUUCGACAUAACAGUCCCUGCCCACUAGUCCCUUAUUUACAUGCUAUAUGCAUACAGCAUACCCCAGUUUACCCUCAAAUACAUCUAUGUACAACUUUGCUCAUAUGAAACUCUGAUGAAUAAUGCCUUAUGUGUGAGGGAAUUUACCAUCAAGCUGUCCCGUCUCCAAAGCUUUUUUUUAUGGACUAGCAGUGCUAUUAUCAGAUUAACUUUAAGGUAUAUUUAUAUGAUGUUCCACUGAACCAUGAGUUUAACAAUCUUAUCUGUGAAUGAAAAACAUACUCUGUAAUAUGAAAAUUAAAUAUUUUCCAAUGUCAACUUAAAGCCAAGGUUCCUAAAUAACAGGAACCUUUCCCCAAAUAAUGCAGACAAACUGUACAGACUGAAAUCAUGUAUUUGAUUUGUUCUAACUGUAAUAAAACAUAUAUGUCA